AUGCCGGGAGUGAGCUGGCAGGUGGCGGGGGUAGGGGGCGGCACUCCAGGUGGGGGCGGCGGGGCGGGAGUAGUGCCCGCGGCGCCGUUCCUUCCUCACGCGGCGGCGGUAGCCGAGGGGGGAGGGAGCUCUGCCGGCCGUGGUGAGCUCAUCCUCCUCGCCGCCCUGCCGCCGGCCGGGGGUGCGUGGCCCGGGUCAGGGGGCUGGGCCCGCCCCGUCAGCCUCGGCUGCGGCUGGCGAGCGCAGAGCCCGCAGUGCGUGGGGGCAAGCGAGGGGAGUUACCCCCGCAGGGCCCGCGUCGCUGGGCCUGCUCCGCGUGUGCCUUGUCAGUCCUCACUACUGACAGGAGGAGUUAAAACUCACCAAUCUUCAUGGAUCUUCAAUGCCUUCAGUAAGAUUGUGCCAUACUAUACCAAAACGGUUCCCAAAAAUGUUGUCACCCACUGCUGUCUUCACUGGAGGAGAGACAAAGUGAAUCCCACUGAAGGGAAGAUUAUUCUGAUGAUGAUGUCUUCACUGAAGAAUAAUUACUUUAAACUGUGCAGAAACCCUGGCAGCUCCAGAGCGCAAACUGUGAUUGGAACAUUCCCGGUGGUAGAAGGGGGGAAUGUUCCACUGAUCUUCCCUUGCAGAAGCAAUCUGGCUAAUUUUAAAGUCUGUUUCAGAACUGUGCCUUACAGCACCCCAAACAUCAUUCAUUUUAGAAGAAUAGUGCUUCACAAAUGCAAUUAUUAAUUAUCAUGCUGAGUUAAUGUAAUAAUUGUUCAGCAUUUGGGGAUUGUGACAACACUCCAUAAAGCUAUAUUGUUUAUAAUAACUGUAUUGCUUUGCAAAGCGGAUAAGGUAUUUGAGGGGGAAUGGUUCUUUGAAUAGAUAGUUAAAACUGUCUGGAAAGGAAUUGUGUUAUUUCAAUAUUCAUAGAGAAAUUACAGUUGUUUCAUUAGCAAGGGGGAGAAUCUGUGGAAGACUACUGUUCUUAUUAAAUGAUGAUAAUAUGCGUGGCCUUAUGGGAAGCCAGAAUACAGUGACUUUGUCACAGCAUUCUAGGUGUUAAAUUCAAAGAUGCUGAGUGCCAUAAAUAAUUGAAAUAUUUGUAAAAAUGAUCUGCUCAUAUGGGGAGUUUUUUUCAAAAUUUUUGCUUAAUUUCAUGUAAAAAAUUUAACUUUCAAUUGGAAGUCCAAAAUUAAACUGAUUUCCUUUUUCCUUUUAGCCAUCUGGCAAUUGAAGAGGUUGCUAUUGUUUUCUGUUUGUUGAGUUUCUUGACGUUGCAGCUCUAUUGCAGCAGGCCUGUACAGCCAUAGUGAGGCUCUCAAGAAUGAGGGUGCCUUCCCUCUGACUCCAUCCUCCUCACUCACAUCUCUUC